CCGUAAAUCUCUCCACUCCUUUCAUAUCACUUUGUUCAAAAAUAUUAACACUUUUUCUCAACUACGAACUUCCAAUUUUCCUUUAAAAGCCCUCUCUCUCCUUUUUCUCUAUCUCUUCGAUCCUUCAUUGGUGCAUGGCCGCGAGUCUUUUGGCGCGUGAGGUAUCUGACCUAUGUCUCGGAAAGCCUGCGCUGAGGUCCCUCUCUGUCUCUGCCACCGUCGGCGAUGCCUUGACGACUUUGAAGAGAUCCAGAGACAACUAUAUUAGUUUUUGGAACUGCAACCAUGGUCAUUUUUCGGAAGUCGACAAGGUUGACGCCGUCGCCGCUCUUGAUGACUGCCGUUGUGUGGGCAAAGUUUGUGUGGCGGAUAUCAUCGGUUUCUUAUGUAAGGAAGAAAACCUGUCGAAUCCUGGAAUUGCUCUUCAAGCUCCAGUUUCCGUUUUAAUUCCUAAAACAGGAGACUUUGUUCGACAUUUAGAAUCUAAUGCAAGUUUGGUGGAAGCCAUGGAUUUGAUUUUGGAAGGAGUGCAAAAUAUUGUUAUACCAAUGGAGAUCGGCGGCAAAAAUUCAAGAAAAAAGCUUCUCCAAAAUAAUCUUUCGAAAUCAACCCUUCAUAAUGGCCGGCAAUAUUGUUGGCUAACUCAAGAAGAUAUGGUUCGUUACCUUGUGAAUUCAAUUAGCCUUUUUAGCUCAGCUGCUGUUAAUCCAAUCAACUCCCUUGACAUCAUCAAUGUUCAAGACAUCCCAGCCGUUCAUUAUGAUGACCCCGCAUCAUCGGCUUUGCCACUCCUUGCUAAGUGCCUUGAGAUGCAAACUUCCGUCGCUAUCAUUGAUGGUGAUGGCAAGUUGAUCGGAGAAAUUUCGCCGUACACAUUGAAUUCUUGUGAUGAGGAUGUUGCAGCAGCCAUUGCUACACUUUCAGCUGGUGAGUUGAUGGCUUAUAUAGACUUCGGCGGACCCCCAGAGGAUUUGAUUCAGUUGGUGAAAGAGAGAUUGCAAGAGAGGAAACUAGUGAAGGCCUUGGAAUUAAUGGAAGAUGAUUCAGGGAAUUCAUCGGUUUCAUCAUCUUGCUCAACUUCAUCAGAUGAUGAGUUUGGGGUCGGGAGGAGCGUUGUGAAGUCAGUAGGGUAUUCAGCAAGGUCGGUGAAGAGAUCAGAGGCCAUUGUAUGUCUUCCAUGGAGCUCGUUGGUGGCAGUGAUGAUUCAAGCACUCGCACACCGCAUGAAUUAUGUGUGGGUUGUCGAAGAAGAUCAAACUUUAUUCGGGAUUGUUACCUUUGCUGGAAUGAUGAAAAUUUUCCGUGAAACAAUUGAGGACCAUGACUUGGGGAAAGCUUUGAAGAAAUCCCCAACAUAAAACACAAAAAAUUUAAGAAAUCCAUAAUAAUAAUAAAAACCAUAUAUUUGGUGUUUGUGAUUUAGAUGUAUUAAUUCAGGGAGAUCCAGAAUCCUAAAAGAAACUCAACCUGAAAGAAAUCAACUUAAGUGCAGAUGUUUAUGAAUUAAAAGAAGGGAAUAGAUUGAGGCUUCUGGAGAACAAA